UGUUAUUAAUUACUUAAUUUAUUACCCAUUAGUUUUAUACAAUUAAUAUUGUCAAUACUUUUAAAAUUUACUGAUAGUUCACUUAUAGAAUUUAGUCAUGAAUUAUUGUAUUAAAUUAUAGUGAAACAAUUUACAUUUUGUUAAUAUUACUUUUAAGAAGUAUCAUGACUGCUACAAAUCUAAAAAACAUCAUCACACAGGGUAAUUAUUUGAUUAUCAAUAAAAAUGAAACGUACUUAAUUCAUCAGGUAUCCAACAAAGCCACAUUGAAACUUGGUCGUGAUGUAAUUGAUCUUAAAGCAUCUAUAGGACAACCAUAUUCGUCCACCUUUAAACUGGAGCCAAUACCGGAGAAAAAGAGACAUUAUACAUUAGUAAUUUGUAAUGACAAUCAGGCACGAAAUCAAUGGGCAACAAAUGGUUGUGGUACUGAUAACAAACUAAUAACUGAUGAUAGUUCUUCCCAAUUGCUUAGUACGGAUGAAAUAAUAGCUCUUAAAGAAAGCGGAGAAACUGGUCAAAAUAUUGUUGAACGUCUGUUGGAGAAUAGCAAAACGUUUCAGCUGAAAACUGAGUAUGCUCAGGAAAAGUAUUUGAAAAAAAAAGCAAGGAAGUACUGUGACUUUUUGACAAUAUUUAAGCCUACAAUAAGACUUGUUACUGAUGUAUUAUAUAAGCAACAAACCAUUCCUAAGACUAUACCUAUAAGGUUUGAUACAUUAGCUCAGAUAUUAUGUCGUGUUAAUUUGGAUCCUGGCGGCAAGUAUUUACUUUAUGAGAAUGGAAGUCAAGGAUUAUUACAAGCAUCACUCCUUAACCAACUGCAUGAUGAUGGAUGCUUAAUACAUAUAUUCUCUUCAACAGCUGAACAAAAUGCAUUGAGAGCAGUGAAAGCUAUGAAUUUUUCUGAAUCUAAAAUGAAACAAAUGUUAACCGUAAGUUUGUAUGAAAUAUUAAAUAAAAGAAAUGAACUUGAUAUUAAGGAAGAAAAAGAUGAAGAUGAUGUACCUAUCUGUUCAGAAGAUAAAAAAAGAAAAAGUGAUGAAGCAUAUAUACAAGUUAAGAAAAAACAUAGGUCAAUAACUAGUAUGGAUGGUUUAAAUUUCUUAAAGUCUAACAAAUUUGAUGGCCUAAUUGUUGUAUGCAGAGAGGAACCCACUGAAAUUGUUAAAACAUUUUUACCAUAUUUAUCUUUGUCAAGACCUUUUGUUGUUUAUUCAGCAUACAGAGAAAUAUUAGUUUCCUUAUAUGCUGAAUUUAAGACGAGAAGAGAUGUAGUUUUCCUUCGAUUGACUGAUAGUUUUAUGAGAUAUCAUCAAGUACUUCCAAGUAGAACGCAUCCUGACGUGACAAUGGACAAUGGCGGUGGAUAUUUGUUUUCUGGAUUAUUUGUUGAAGGAACUAAGUAACAUUAUAACUGUGAAUCAUUUUUCAUUCAUUAAAUAUUAUUUUUCCAAUAAAAA